AUGCAACUUUCCUACGAAGCGAAGAAGGCGACGAGACUCAACAACAUUGCAGCAGAGAAGGCACAUGCACAGCGAAGAGCAGAUGCGCGGCGAGUUCGUGACACUGACGGGCCACCCGCCGCUUGUCCAACAAAGAUUCGCAAGCUGCCCCCUUCUGAUUUUCGCUUAUUCUAUGAUCGAGGCGAUCUACCCAUUUCUGUUGAGCAUACGGCGUCUGGGAAUAAAAUAAUAUGGAAGGCAGAGAUAGAGCAGCUUGACUUCCACCACUACUUACCUAUAUUUUUUGAAGGCCUUCGUGAAAAGGACCACCCAUAUGCCUUUCUUGCACGCGAAGGUGUCACAAAUCUACUAGAGCACGGAGGCUCCAAGGUUCUUCCCGUCAUUCCGCAACUGAUUCUUCCAUUACACGCAGCCUUGGAGACUCGCGACCCCGAGGUCAUAUGUGUUGUUCUGAACGUCUUACAGCUACUAGUUAUGUGCAACGAAUAUGCAGGCCCAGCUCUGGUGCCUUAUUACCGCCAACUUUUACCAGUGAUAAACAUCUUCUUCAAUAAGAAUAUCAAUCUCGGAGACAAGAUCUAUUACGCGCAGCGCAAGCGCCAGAACUUGGGGGACCUAAUUCAGGAAACUCUUGAGCUUAUGGAGCGCAAGGGCGGCCCAGAUGCCUUUCUAAACAUAAAAUACAUGAUACCGUGUUAUCAAUCCAGCGCAUGA